AUGUUACCAUCCCAAAGGAAGAUAUCUGCAUCACAGGCAACCGAAAUAGAUUUAGCUGAAAAAUCUGGAAUCCGACUUAAUGCUGCAUUUGAGCUCAUGGGUAAUGAUGCUGAUAAUGAGGAGCAAAUUACAAACAUAUUUGGGCUGAUGCUCACGGAUUAUGGACAAUUUGGUGAUGUUGUGACUUUCGACACUACUUACAAGUUAAAUAGUGCACAUAGACCAUUUGCGUCUUUCGUUGGAUUUAACCAUCAUAGGGAAACUGUUAUAUUUGGCGCAGCUUUGAUGUAUGAUGAGACUGCCGAUUCUUUUAUAUGGCUUUUUAGAAGAUUUUUGGAGGCAAUGUCAAGUAAGGCUCUGAAAACAAUUUUUACGGAUUAG